AGAAACCAUGUUCCGCUUCCUCCUCCUCGCGCUGUGCCUCGCGCUCGCCGCCGCCUUCACCGCGCCGGCGUCUGCGCUCCGCGGCUCGCGGAGCAGCAUUGUCAUGUCUGGCCCCAACGCUCAGAAGCCUGGCAAGGCCGGCAACCCGCUGUGGGGCUACACCGUGGGCUCGCGUGCGCCCGACGCCGCCGUCUCCUCGGGCACCACCCAGUCGGAGGAGGCCGAGUGGAAGAAGACCUUCCUCGGCGGUCUGUUUGCCAAGAAGCCGGCGCCACCGCCCAAGACCAAGGGCUCCCGCAUGAAGCGCCCCGGCACCAUCUAGAGCAGCAACAGGCGCGGUGCAAUAGCAGAUUAGGCACUAGAGAUGCCCGCGCGAGCACGCUGCGCGUGCGGCUCUGGCCGGACCGGGCGCCGGCUCCUCUCGGCAACUUGAAGGCGGGCGCCCGCCCCGACACUGUGCACGUGCUCAGUGCUUGGUGCAUUCUUGUAUCAAAUCGUUUCGUAGAUGGUAGCCCAAACACCAAAUUUGAUAGAUGGUAGCCC